GCUGAAGACCUAAAAGAGCAGGGCAAAGAAAAGUUGGAUGAGGCAGGAAGAAAGAUCAAGAACACGGCCGGAAAUGCUAGAGAUAAGGCCGAAGAAAUCAAGGAUGACGUUGCCAACAGCGGAUACACCGAUAUGGCUAAGGAAAAGCUGAUGAAUGCCGGAGGUGCUAUUAAGGACGCUGCAGGAUAUGCCGCAGGAACGGCUGGCAGUACUCUCAGAGACGCCGCAGGAGCCGCCGGCAAUAUGGCCGUAGAGAUCAAGGACGACGUUAUGACUGAGGAAAACAAAGAGUACGCUAAGGAGAAGUUGGCUCAGGCCGCCAUGGAGAUCAAGGACCAUUACACCACUGAAGAAUACAUGGAGUAUUACAAGGAGAAGUUGAGUGAGGCCUCAGAAUUAGCGAAAGAUGUAGCUGGAAAAGCCGUAGAUAAGGCCGCAGAAAUCAAGGAUGAAUAUACCACUGACGAGUACAUGGAAUACUACAAGCAAAAAUUGAGCGAGGCUGGACAUGCGAUCAAAACCGUUGCAGAAAUGGCCGGCAAUAAGGCCAUAGAGAUCAAGGACCGAGUUACCAGCGAAGAAAAUCAAGAAGCUGUCAAACAAAAGUUGAGCGAUGCUGGAAGAGGCAUUAAGGAAACGGCCGAAAGCGCCAGAGACAAG